GCUCGGUCACUACUGCAGACGGUUCGGCGGUGGUGAGAAUCGGAAACACUUCUGCUAUCUGUGGCAUCAAGGCAGAAGUUGCAGAACCAAAUGUAAACACGCCACUGGAAGGAUACCUCGUUCCCAACGUGGAAUUACCACCAAUGUGCUCUCCCAACUUUAAGCCCGGUCCUCCAAGUGAACUUGCACAAGUACUAAGCGAGACUGUGAACAAGCUACUCAAAGGUGUGAGAGAGUCAUUAUGUAUAGAAGAGGGCAAGGCUGUCUGCGUAUUGUAUUGCGAUGUCGUCUGCAUAAAUUACGAUGGCAACAUUUUAGAUGCGUCAGUCUAUGCGGUUGUGAGCGCGCUUAGCAAUGUAAGAUUGCCCAAAAUAACGUACGAUGACGGCAUUGUUAAAGCAACCCCGGAUAAGACGAUCGAACUGCCGUUAUCAAGAAUACCUUUUUCGGCAACAUUUGCAAUAUUCGAUGGGUUUAGAGAUUCUAGCCGACCCGGAUGA